UUUGAAAUUUAUUAUUUUAAACGUUGCAUUUGUAGUUGAUUGCAGAAGACACGUGUUAAUACUAUCCGUGAAACUCGUGGGAUUGCAUUGUAAUGGAAGGCUACCAUGUGAAAUGCGAGUAAAGAUUAAGCUAGUUAACUUCUGUGUACGGCAUUUUUGCUCAAGACGUGGUAACAUUGAGGAUAUAAGUGUUCGUAAACGAUCAUUCAAGAAAAUCAUUCGCGCGACACCUGUAUGUAACGCACGGCCGAAGCGGAACGUCUUAACCUCAAAUAAAGGUUUCCCAGAGAUUGUUAAACUGUCUCAUUCAGAUGAUAGACGAAAUGACAAGUGUACAACUAUAGAUUUAUCUGAGAACAGUAGUAAAAACAAUUAUUUAGAAAGAAUCCAUGGGUUGGAGAAGGUAAAAAGGAGGGAACACUCUCAAAUUGCAAGCGGUUUGGUUAAUAAUCGCUUUAGGUUCAUCGACGAAUGUAGAGGACAGUCGGAUAAAGAUAACUGUACAAGCACAGUUUUUAUUAAUAAGAGAUUGAAACAUCAAAGUUUAAAGAAUGUUCACUUAAGAAAUGCAACAGAAGAGGUACACGAUGUUAUUUCUGCACAAAGCGCGGUGGAAGGAAAUUUGGGAAAUGUUAACGUAAUCCUCGAGUCAAAUAAAAGUAGUAUAAAACAUGAUAGUCUUACCUACAAUAAUUCUGAUCAUGGGAAAUCAGAAUUCACUAAUAAUGUGGAAAAUAAGGAAAAGGAAAAUAUACUUUCAGAUAUGAAUACAUCGAUAACUGGUACUUGUAAAAGUAUAAUUGAUGGUAUUAAUGACUUAGAACAAAAUGUAGAGCAAAGUAAUGAAUUCAACGAAGGAGGUCAGAGUAAUGAGUCAAAAGCCUUUAAUGACUCAAGACGAGUUAAUAAGUUGAACAUGCAAAUGCUUUCUAAGAGACUAUAUGAAAGAUUAUUUAAAAAUGCUGGCGAAGAAAGAAAUAAUUCAGAAGAAGAGAUCAAGAUUAUAAAGCAAGACUUAAGAGAUUUUGGUAUAAAUGUUGAGGAUGCUACCUUUAUGCCGGAUGUAGAUAUCGAUCUUCCUCCUCUAGAAGGUCAAAAUGUGGAAGAACACUUUUAUAACAUAGGAAAUGUACAGGUUAAUCCAUAUUUAACAAUAUUAAAUGAAAUUAUUAAAGAUAUUCCAAAGAUGCCUACUGAGUGGUUAUUUAGAGAAGGUUGGACAAGGUAUACUGAAAAUGGUGCCGAGAGUGUUGAUUACCCUUCCGAAGAUGGAUUAUUUUUUGAUGUCGAAGUAUGUAAUCGAGAAGGACCAUUACCGACACUAGCAACAGCUGUUAGUCGAAAUGCAUGGUAUGGCUGGGUUUCAAAAUCUUUGGCGAAGGGCUCGAGCUCAAGUAUAAAAAGUAAUUUAUUUACAAAUGAUAUGUUGAUACCUUUGGAGAGUGCUUUAGAUGAUAAUGGUAAAAAGUUGAAUGACUUUCAGAAGAAGCCAAAGAUUGUAGUAGGACAUAAUGUAUCUUAUGAUCGAAUUCGUAUAAAGGAGCAAUAUUGGCUCAACUGUACAGGUACACGAUUUGUUGAUACUAUGUCAUUACAUAUUUGUGUGAGUGGGAUUAAUAGUUAUCAAAGAGCUGUACUUAAAUCUGAUGAUGAAACAGCUGAUGAUGAACAAUGGCGUGGAUAUACUUCUUUGAACAGUUUACUAGAAGUUUAUAAACUCUACUGUAAUCAGGAGAUUGAUAAAAAAUCAAGAGAUGUGUUUAUCGAGGGAUCUCUGUCGGAUGUCCGAGAGCAAUACAAUGAUCUGAUGACAUAUUGUGCUUCUGACGUGUUAGCUACGCAUGACAUUCUUAAAAAUUUAUUUCCUCUUUUCCGAAAAAGGUUUCCUCACCCGGUAACUUUAGCUGGAAUGUUGGAACUGGGCUUAGCUUAUCUUCCAAUCAAUUCAAAUUGGCAACGAUAUUUAGAGGAAUCUCAGUCAACAUAUGAGGAUUUAAACUAUGAAGCAAAAGUCAGCUUGUCUAGAAGAGCAGAUGAGGUUUGUAGAUUAAUGCAUAAUGAGAAUUUUAGGGAAGAUUUGUGGAUGUGGGACCAAGAUUGGAACACACAGAGGUUAAAAAUUAAAGCUACUUUAACGAAAGCUCAACGACUUCAAAUUGAAAAUGAAAACGCUAAUCGCGAGAGGGCACUAUCUGAUUUUGAGAGCUAUGCAACCAGUGACGAAGAAGAGGAAGAUCCAUUAGAGAAAAAGUUCUCCUAUUUAAAUGAUAUUAAGUACCGUUUACCUGUUAAGAUGCCACAUAUGCCAGGAUAUCCAAAUUGGUAUAGAAAAUUAUGCCCCAAAGAAAGUGAUGAAAAUUGGGAACCCGGUCCUCAAAAUAUAACUACUUCGAUGCAGAUUGCACCAAAGUUGUUAAAUCUUACUUGGGAAAAUUAUCCUCUACAUUACAUACGGGAACAUGGGUGGGGAUUUCUUGUCCCUUAUGCAAACGAUCCCGAUAUCGUGGAAACAAAGUUACCACUUGUAAAACUUUUGGCUCAAUGCCCUCUACCAAAACUUAAUACAAACGGAAAUGAUGUAGAUUACGCAAUGGCAACUCUGCGCCAAGAUGUGCAAGAUGAUUUAAGCAAAACUCAAUUCUGGCACAGUAAAAAGAAGAAAAAAUUUGAUAUACAAAGCUUGUACAAGGGAACUGGUAUUUGGUGUAACGUCGACAUAGACAAUUGCUGUUGGUUUUUUAAGCUGCCUCAUAAAGAUGGUGCAUCCCGUAAGGUCGGUAACCCUUUGGCCAAAGAUUUUCUGAACAAAUUUUCAGAAAACGUUUUAGCAGGUUUAGAUGCCAGUGCUUCCAAAGUUUUAAGAAUUGCUCGGAAUGUAUCAUAUUGGAGGAAUAAUCGAGAUCGAAUCUCGUCACAAGUGGUGGUGUGGCUUAGUGGCAAGCAAGGCGGGAAUACGUUGAAAAGGGAUAAGAAACAAGCUCUGUGUGGAGCGAUCAUACCUCAGGUGAUCGUUUCAGGAACCUUAACCCGCAGAGCAGUGGAGCCAACCUGGAUGACUGCUUCAAAUGCUUCUGCAGAAAGGGUAGGCUCUGAGCUCCGAGCAAUGAUUCAAGCACCACUGGGAUAUAACAUUGUUGGUGCCGAUGUAGACAGUCAGGAGCUAUGGAUUGCUUCCGUAAUUGGUGAUGCUCACCGAGCCAGACUUCACGGAGCUACUCCUUUUGGUUGGAUGACAUUGAUUGGGAACAAAUCAAAUGGUACGGACAUGCACAGCAUGACAGCCAAAGCUGUUGGAAUAUCUAGAGACCAUGCCAAAAUAAUAAACUAUGCAAGAAUCUACGGUGCUGGUCAGAAAUUUGCCGAGAGACUGUUGAAGCAGUUCAAUCCAUCUAUGACGGACAGUGAAGCAAUGUCCAAGUCUCGCAAAAUGUUCACUCUUACAAAGGGUAAGAAAAUGUACAAACUCAAAUCUGAGUAUUCCGAUUGUGAUCUCGAGGAUCGAUAUUAUUCCAAUUAUGAAGCAUUAAAAAUCUCUAAAUUACAUGGGAAGACCGUGAACGAGAUGUUUGGGAAGGGCCAAUGGAUCGGUGGAUCAGAAUCUGCUAUGUUUAAUAGACUCGAGGAAAUUGCUGGACAAUUGGAACCUGUCACUCCGUUUUUAAAUGCGCACUUGAGCAGGGCUCUUGCAGGAUCUGGAAAGGAUGAGGACAAAUUCUUGCCUACCAAGGUGAACUGGGUUGUUCAGAGUGGAGCUGUGGACUUUCUUCAUUUAAUGUUAGUUUGUAUGAGGUGGCUCAUGAAGGACAACGCUCGAUUUUGCCUGUCAUUUCACGAUGAGAUUCGUUACCUCGUACCAUCAAGGCAUAAAUAUACCGCAGCAUUGGCAAUGCAUACAACUAAUCUUAUGACAAGGUCUUUUUGUGCUUCAAGACUGGGUGUAAAGGAUUUGCCUAUGUCGGUAGCAUUCUUUGUAUCCGUUGAAGUGGAUACGGUUCUCAGAAAAGAAUCUGCUCAUGAUUGUAAGACACCGUCAAAUCCUCAUGGCUUGGAGAAGGGGUAUGGAAUACCAGUUGGAGAGAGCUUAAAUAUAUGGAAGGCUCUAGAAAAAUCUGGAGGGUCUUUAGGCUUGUGGCAUGGAACUAAAUCAAGGAAGAAGCGUGAAUGUUCUACUGUUAAGUAAACCGAAGAUGUUUUCAAUU